CACCGAGUUCACCCCUACGGCCGGCGUACUUAUAGCUGGGUACAUUGACAUGCUUUUAUGGCCCCGAGACAUUGCAAUAGAAAUGUUGUCACAUACUAAUGGUAUAUAAUUACAUUAACUUAGGAACAGGCAUAAUUGUUCGUCAAAUAUUUUUAAUUUGCACAUAAAUUUCAAUUUUGUUAUUAUUCUAACGUAAAACCAAGGAGGUGGUCAGAUAAAUCGUAUUUCGAUAUUCUCCAUAUCUAUGAAAAUGGUAGAACGAUUAAUUUUGUUUUUUCUUAUUCUGAUACCAUACACAGUUUGUUAUAAACUUUUUGAGGAGUUUGAUUCUGAAGAUUCGGAAAUUGUAAGUGUUGAAAUAGAUUCGUCAUUCAAAAAUGUCCGUUAUCGACGAUCACAAGAAAUGGAUUAUCCUGGAUUUGUUGAUUAUAAAUUUUCCAUCAGAGGAGAGAAUAAACGUUUACACCUAACAAAAACAGCUCAUCUGGAUAAAGAUAUACCUAUGUAUCUGAUGUCGAAGGGAAAUAGCACAAUGCUUCAUCAGCCAUCAAGAAGGACAUAUGCUACUUACCAGGACCACGAUACAGGAGCCUCGAUCUUACUCAAGUGUGAUGAAAAAUCACCGUCAUGUAACUUAUACGGCGGAUUCUACCAUGAAGGUGAACACUUCAGGAUCCAGCCACAUUCUCCAGGCAGCAAACACCAUAGAAUAGCUAAAACAGCCAGGCCAAUGGUGGCUUAUCACGAUACCGCCUUACACGGCGAUGUGGGCUCUAAAGAAAUACCUCUUACAUAUGAUGUCAUCAGAAAGAGAGCGGUGUCCCGUGGCAACAACCACGUGGUCGAAAUUCUUGUUUUUCUUGACGAUACUAUCUACGAUUUUUUCCACAAGCUCAGUGACGGAAAUGAAGAGGAAACUUUGGCGAAAAUGAAAAUGUAUUAUAUAUUAAUAGCAAAUGAUAUGGACCUACGAUAUCAGUCAUUAAGUGAUCGACAUGACAAGUUCAAGGUCGACAUUAUGAUUAACGGAUUUGUGUAUUCGCAGGUUCCGGAAGGUUUCGCUUGGAUACCAAAAUACAUUGUCGACGAUAAUGUGUUCGACGCUGAUAAUUCCAUGAAAAUGUUUGCGGCGUAUCAAAACGAAAAUAGAAAAUACCUGCCCGGGUAUGACCACGCUAUGCAAUUCACCAGAAGAGAUCUUGCAUUCUAUGAUGAUGGUUGGCAAACCGAUCUACUGGGUGUUGCAUUUAAAGGCACCACGUGCUCCUUACCAAAGAUGGCAGUGUCCAUCAUAGAGGAUUCUUCAUACGGUACGACUGGACAGACAGCGGCGCACGAAUUAGGUCACAGUCUGGGAUCGAGUCAUGACGGGGCUGCUGGCUGUAAUGAUGACAAGCAGUACGUGAUGGCCGCCUUUACUAACCCGUCCACGAAAAAGGUGGCGAGACACAUGUGGAAGAUGUCCUCUUGUUCCUCAGACGCAAUUUACAAAUUCCUGACUAG